AUGCCGCCAAACCUCUAUCAAUGUACUGCUGGAUGCGCUUAUAAUUUCAUUACUACCACAACCCCAACCCAAUCCAAUGAUGAUUCAGCAUCAUCAAGUUUUUGUGUCUUCACAUGGACCUAUGGUAUAGUUGCACAUGCUGAGAAAUUGAAGAAAGAUAUCGGUUCCUGCUACAAGAAGUGCCAGAAGUAUUCUCAAGGACUGUUGGGUUGA